GGGCCCUGGAGGGCGGAGUCCAGGAGGGUGCCGGCCAAGGGAGGGGGCGCGGCGUCGGUGAAGUCCGGCGCUCCCGCAGGCCGUGGAGGCGAUGCUGGCUGCUGCGGGGCAGGCGGCUGGGCGGACGGGGAUGUGACGGGACUGUCUCUCCUGUCUCUCGCCCCUCUCCCAUCCUCGGGCGGGCAGGUCGCUGGGCGACCCGCAGCCCGGCCGCGGCCGAGGAGGCAGCGCGACCUCCGCACGGUGAGAGCCGGGGGUCUGGGCCGGGGUCUCGGGGCGCCCGAGGCUACCUGGCUCCGGGGCGCAGCGCGGUCGGACGGAGGGUCCGGUGUCCUUGGCCUUCAGCGCUCUGGGACGACCCUCGGAACCCCCGCCCCCUCUCCCGAGUCUCCUGUGGUGCAGCGGGCAGGCCGGAUGCCCCUGCUUGGUAGUGCUGUGACGGGAAGGGGCCACGGGACGCCUAGGCUGCAGCCUUCCUGCACCGGGAAAUCAGGGCGAGGCUGAGAUGCCCCGGGAUUUCAAAGCCUGGAUGCUCUCGUUGAUUUUGUCGAGUUCUAAGAACCAAUGCACCUUAUAGCCCAUGGAAGAAAAAACACAAAUCAAGACAUUUUUGGGUUCCAAGCUGCCGAAAUAUGGAAUGAAAUCCGUGAGAAGCACUUUGCAGCCGAUGCCAAAUGGGGCCACUGUGACUUUAUUGGGAACUUCAAAGAGUAGUAAUGUCAAAAGUUACAUAAAAAAUAAUGGCUCUGAUUGUUCAUUGUCCCAUUCAUUUAAUUGGAGAAAAACAAAUAAAUAUCACCUUGGUUCACAAAAUACAGUGGAACUUAAUAAUAUUCAAAGUACACACGAUAAACUGAUUGAUCCUGAACAACAUGCUCCUGCUCCAGGAACACUGGAUGGGAAUGGGUUAAAGGGAGGUUUGAAAAGUGCUUCCUUGUUCACAUCCAAGUUAGCAAGACCAUCAACCAUGUUUGUGUCAUCGGCAGAGGAGUUAAGUCAAAAAUCUUUUUCUGGACCAUCUAAUUUGGGUAAAUUUACCAAAGGCACAUUACUAGGAAGGACUUCAUAUUCUUCGGUCAAUGCAAAGUCACAUUUGAAUUCAUUUUAUGGGAACCGAUCCCCUGGUAACAUGCAGAAGCCAAGAGUGAACUCCUGUGCCAGCAGAAGUAGUUCUGGAGAAAGCUUAGCACAGUCCCCAGACAAUGCUAAAUCUAUUACUUGUGAGAAAAUGGUAAGGUCACAAAGUUUUUCACAUUCCAUUCAGAAUCCCUUCCUUCCACCUUCAUCUAUAACCAGAUCACAUUCCUUCAACAGAGCUGUAGACCUUACAAAGCCUUAUCAGAACCAACAGCUACCCGUUCGAGUGCCUCUCCGGUCAGGUAUGCUAACAAGAAGUUCUCGGCAGUCAGAAGUACUCAAUGGGAAUGAACACAUAGGCUUCGGUUUUAAUAGGCCUUAUGCUGCUGGUGGAAAGAAACUGGCUCUAUCAAAUGGCCCAGGUGUCUCGUCCACUUUGGUUUAUAGGAUGGGUCAUCCCUCUCUAUUGAAAUCUAGCCGACCUCCCUUCUCUGGGUCUGUGACAGUUGAUAGUAAUGAAAAUCCACCUGCUGACAUGUGCGAAGAGGAAGAAGGUAUGGUUUCUGCAAAGGACAGCUCUACUGGUAAAGACCAAGAACUAAUUGAAAAUGAAAGUUACCGAAGAGACACUGAUCAGACUAUGAAGCAUGAUUCUAAAAUCAGGUACCUGAGUGAUGAUGUGGAUGAUAUUUCCUUGUCAUCUUUGUCAUCUUCUGAUAAGAAUGAUUUAAGUGAAGAUUUCAGCGAUGAUUUUAUAGACUUAGAGGACUCCAACAGAACUAGAAUAACACCUGAGGAAAUUACUCUUAAAGAAGAAAAGCAUGAGAACGGAUCAUCAAAGGGUGUAUUUGAUUCUCCUAAGGAAAGUGAACAGAUCUUCAGUAAAGCUGAUGAAUGGAUAGAUAUAAGUGUCUCUGACAGGAGUGAAUGUACACAGCAUACAUCUGGAAACAACCUGAUUUCGCCGGAUACGGAUUACAGAGCUGGGUCUUCGUUUGAACUCUCUCCUUCCGAUAGCUCUGAUGGAACAUACAUGUGGGAUGAAGAGGGCCUGGAACCCAUUGGAAGUGUCCAUCCUGUUGGCAGCUAUGAGUCCUCCGAAAUGAACAGCAUAGAUAUUCUGAAUAAUCUUGAAUCGUGUGACCUUGAGGAUGAUGACCUUAUGUUGGAUGUGGAUUUGCCGGAGGAUGCACCUCUUGAAAAUGUGGAGUGUGACAAUAUGAACCGCUUUGACCGAACAGACAGAAAUGUACGACAGUCGCAGGACGGAUUUUGGAAAAGGCCACCCCAGAGGUGGAGUGGACAGGACCAUUACCACCUUAGCCAUCCUGAUCACUAUCAUCACCAUGGAAAAAGUGACUUGAGCAGAGGCUCUCCUUAUAGAGAAUCUCCUUUGGGUCAUUUCGAAAGCUAUGGAGGGACCCCAUUUUUCCAGGCUCAGAAGAUGUUUGUAGAUGUGCCGGACAACACAGUGAUACUGGAUGAGAUGACCCUCCGGCACAUGGUCCAGGAUUGCACAGCUGUAAAAACGCAGUUACUGAAACUCAAGCGUCUCUUACACCAGCAUGAUGGAAGUGGAUCAUUGCAUGAUGUUCAGCUAUCAUUGCCAUCCAGUCCAGAGCCAGAAGAUGGUGAUCAGAUCUAUAAGAAUGAAGAUUUACUAGAUGAAAUAAAACAACUUAAAGAGGAAAUAAAGAAAAAAGAUGAAAAAAUCCAACUAUUAGAGCAGCAGCUUGCAACACGAUGUAACUGCCAUCAGAAAUCUAAAGAGGAAAAGUGCACAUAUGCUGAUAAAUAUACCCAGACACCCUGGAGAAGAAUUCCUGGUGGGUAUUCUGCUCCCUCCUUCUCUCCUUGGCAGGGCUCCUUCCAGGGGAUGCCACGGACUGUUCCACCGCACCGCAGACAGAGAGUUGAGAAGUUAGUCCAUUACUUCUCUGACAAAGCGUGCCUCAAGUACUACAGCCUUCCAGCAGCCUUCCCAGAUCUACAGACCACGCCCAGGGAAAAUUAAUAAAGUCACAACGUAUCGAGGCCCACAGUGACUAUGCAGUCCAAGGCAUGUGUCCAGGUGGUGCGCAUCCAGAUGGAAGCUUUACACAUGGCUUGCAACAAGACAGCAGCCGUGGUUUGGAAGAGCGUCCUUUUUCGUCAAGCCCACAGUUCCCAGUGGAUGUGGUGAAGGACACACCUUCUGAAAUGAACCUGAGCAUGACUCGGAAUGCUCAAGAGCCUUAUCAUUUGGCAGAGAAAAAACCUAGUGACAUGCAGUUUGUAACUCCUCCUCCUCCUCAGACCCCUUCCCAGUCAAGUACAGUGGACCAGACUAAGAGGGGUGGAAGAAACCAAUGUCCUCAGCCCAAGUCCUUGCAGCUUUUAAAGCCAUCCAACUUGAGUUCUUUGACACCUCCUUCAGAUUCUGACUCAUCACCAAGUAGAACUUCCACAUGUAAGAAGGCACCAGGAAUCACACCAUGCAAUUCAAAACAUCAGCCAACAUCGAAUCAAAACAAUCUUGCAAAUCAUUUGAAUCUGAAAACAUCUAAACUCCGUCCCCCUUCUGGCUCUUUCAAGCAAAAACAAAUAAGCAAUCCCCAAGCAGAGCCUCAAAACUUCCAGGCCAAGACAAGCAUCCCAAGGCCGUUAUCACGACCGAAAGAACUGCAUGCUCCACACAGCAGUUUGCAUUCUGGGGAUUGUGUAGCCUCUAAUCGAUAUUCUCGUCUUCCUAAACCAAAGAUACAUUAAGUGCAUAGCCAUCACUUGCCAAUUUGUCCUUUGAAAACAGUCUGCUCUCUAAUAGCUUUAUGUGCAGCUCAACACUAUGUUGGAGGUUCUAUUUCAGCAAAUCUUAAGAUUAAAAUGCAGAAGCUUCUACCAGUUUGGUUCUUCCAUUUUAUAUCCUGGUUGAAUUAUAUACCAUUUGCACAUACUUGUCUCAGGUAAACACAAGUUUACUUAUCCAUCUCAGAGGCCCAAGCCCCUCCUCAUGCUAUCUAGCCCUCUUUCUACAUACCAGAAAAGUCAGAAUAUUCCAUUUAUCAGGCAAGAUGUAUUCUUGGCUGAUUUAGUCCUGUUGUGGUACGUCAUAACUGGUUAUCAGAAUCUGACCCCUAUGCUUAUUCCUCUUGUGAGUAUGGCUGCUAUUUUAACUAAAGGUCCAUAGUGCUGAUGGAAGGUAGUUGUCUGUAAGCAGGGUUCUGGCCAGGUUUUGUGUAUUUAUGAGGUCUAUGCAAAAGGUCCCCAGUAAGGAAAGACCAGGCUUUUAGUGGAGGAGUCUUUACCAGUUUUAUCUCUCCUUUCUAGGAUCAGUAAUCUAGUCCUACUGUUUCUCCAUUUAUCAGACAAAUUCCCAUGCUGACAGUUGUCAUUAUUUUAUGUAAACCAAUUCUAUGUUGCUAUAACAUCUUGUUUUACACACACAUUUACUAUUUGCUUAUAUUGCUACUGGGUAAAUUGGAGAGCUUGAGAUGCCUAUGGUAUAUCAGUUGUAACCUCUGUUGGGGCUAGAAUUUUGUGCUGGUAAUUGAGUUUUCAAUCUUAUUAACGUAUGGAUCCAUCAUACUACUUCCAAGUUUCUAUAACAUACAUUGAAAUUUUAAAAUUCUUUAUUAUAAUAUUUGUAUUUAUUGACAUUUUCCUAAUGUCUGAAGACUGGAAUAAUGGACUUGAGAUAUUUGCACAAAAUUUUGAUGGGAUAUAAAAGAGGGUUUUAAAGCUUAUUUUCUAUAAAAAAAUGAGUUAAAACACUUUAAGAAAAAUAUAUAAAUUUAUGACUAUCAUAAUAAGUCACUUUUCUGGGUUUCCUAAGUUUCUCUUUUCUGUUAGUGGAAGGCUGAAUGACAGUUUCUUGAAAAGUAGAUUUGAGGGAAAUUAAUUUGUAGGUAGGAAAGAAUACUUUCUUAAGAGAGAUUAUUCCAGAUGUCCUAUGGAAGGUAGCUGUGGGUUAAGAGAGAUUGCUCCAGAUGUCCUAUGGAAGGUAGCUGUGGGCCUCCAGGUAACCAGCUGUGCUCCUGGCCACUUCUCAAGCAGUAGAGUGAAUUUACCUCAUGUUUGCCCAAAUCAUGCCAUCUUUAGGCUGGUCAUAGCUUGUUUAAUUCACAUUAAGAUUUCUCAGAAAGAUAACCUUUCUGAUCAGUAUCUGAUUAGCUGACCAAAAAAAUGUAUCAAAAGAAAUGAUGGCCAAACCAAUUAAAUGACUUUCUUUUUAAAUGUACCUAGGUUACAAAGAGAAACAUGGCAUCAAAUGCAUUAGUGCAAAAUUGCAAGGUCACAUCUGCUGCCCUUUGGGGGCCGUCUUCCCUUAAAUGUCAGAGCCCAUCAAGUGAAUUUGCCAUUUGGAGAUGCAGACCUUUUUCUAGUGUGGGAACAGGCAAGCAUAGUCUCACACCACAGCACAUUUGUCAGAGGAAGCUCAGGACAUGCUGCACAUGGGCGAGAUGGGAUGGAGUCAUCCUUGCUGUGGGCAAAAGCACUUACUCUUUAUCAUGAAAGGGAGCCAGGCUGGCUACAAGUAUAUGUGGGCACAUACGGUUUCUCCUUACGGAGAAUGAAAACUAAUCUCAUGUAUUGCACAUAAGCUACAAUAAUACUCUAUUCUCUGCAAUAGAACAUACUAAUUAAUGUGUUAGGGUUUUUAUUUUUUUCAAUUAGAGACUUGUAUAGAUUUUAUGGAAUACUUCCACAAAUUGGUUUAUCCUUGAAGUAAAGUUUGAAUUUUUAAAUUUAUUUAUAACCCUUUUGUCUGAGGGAGAUAUCUUUGGUGUCUAUUAUAUUAAAUUGUUGCGUCCAGUAAUUUCUCUAUUCUAGUCUUUGUUCCACUUUAAUUAUUUUCUCCCUAGUAAGUUUGUAGAACUAUGUAUCCACCAGUUCACCCUCUUUAUACCUUUGUUGGGCCUUAGUCUUGAUAGAAGAUAGGCAGGCUUAUCAACAUAUUUUGUUUUCUUUGAGAUAAGAGCCUCACAUAAUGCCAGGCUGGUCUCUAACUCACUGUGUAGCCAAAGAUAAACUUGGAUUUUUUUAUCUCCUGCCUCCAUCUGCAGAGUGCUGAGAUUUCAGGCGUGCAGCCCCACACCUGGUUUUGUGUGGCACUGGAGACUGAAUCUAGGGCCCUGUGUGUGCUCGGCAGCCACUCUACCAAGUGAGCUGCAUUCCCAGCCCUCGUCAGUAUGCCUUUGAAGCAUGAUCUAUGCUUCAAGUAUAUCACCCAGAGAAAAUAUCUAGGAUGCAUUUACAAAUAAUAUAGACUAUUGGCCUGCAGUUUUCUGGAAAAUCUGCAAGAAUAACAUCAUCUCUGCUCCUAGUCAUACUACGCAGUCCAGAUGAGGGCCCAGCACUGCUGAAUAAGCAGACGUCAUCUUCUCAAUGUGGCUCAGUCUCUUGAAUGCGCCUGUAAAGCAACAAAACUCACUGCUGACUGUCCUCUGCAGGAGCAUAGUUUACUCAGUGUUCUGUCAGUGAAGACAGUGGGAGGAGGUGAAUUCUAAGUCCCAUGAGUGAGGCUGGUUAAUUUUCACAUGUAUGAAAAAGAAAAGAAUAUACAGAAUUAAUUACUUGGCUUUUUAACAGGAUGCUUGGCUGUUUUUUGAGCUAGAGUUUUGCUAUGUAGCAUUGAGUUUGUUCCAGGAAAGCUUGGUCUAAGAUGUUCAUUGGCAUAGGUACAGGUGAUUUCAAGACAUCCAACAAAGGCUUAUAGAGUUGUAUCAUUGGAAGAUUUCUAAACACAGAGACUUCUCUACCUGUCACUUUUCUUUUGGGUCUUAUUUUUUAUUCAUGCAGUGUUUUCAGGCACAUUGACUACUGUUGGCUGUAUUUAUAUAGAUGUUAGGGAACUUACUAAGCAUUUUAGUAAGUAAAAAUCUGAAUAUGAGAGAAAAUAUCAGAUAUGCACUUUAAAUGAGCUUAAUUGCUUGCAGUCGUGCCUGAAAAAUCAAGAUGCCUCCUCUGGGUGUGGCUUUGUUUAGUAAAAUGAACGUUUCUGUAAUUGUUGCUGUUUGAAGGUAGCUGUACAGCUUUUCAGAGAACUGUAUCCCAGCAUGCCACUUUGCCCAUGAUAGCACUAAGUUUUCUUUGAAUGUCCAUCAUCCCCUUAAGUAUCUUACUCACUGUAUCAAGACAACUUGAUCCCGGUAACUGUCACUUCCGAGGUUCCAUGCCCUAGAUGGUGUUCCAGAUGCAGGUGGCUUCCUGGUUUUACCACCAGAGUGUUCCUACCAGUUUCCUGAGUUGCACUUUGGGGUCAAAAGUGCAACUUUUGUUCAGUAAGACUGCAGCACCAUUUCCACUCUCCAUUCCCCACAGCAGCUCCCGUGUCGCUGAGCUAGCGUGGGUAGUUGCGUUUGCAUGGGUAUGCACACAUUUGAAAAUGAGGUAUAGUCGUAAUAUACACACACGCAGUUUUCCUUGGAGAUGAUCAUCUGCUCUUUUCCUCAUUCGGAUGCUUGAGUUCCAUUUCUGUUGGUCUUUCCAUGGGUCCCUGUAACUUUCUGCUGCAGCAAUUUGAGAGGAUACAUUUGGACAAAUGAUUAUAAGGUCCCUAUAAUUAUGUAAUUGAUUAAAGAUUGUGUCUUCACCCUGUUAAGUAAAAGCUGCCCCUUUCUUCCUGGUAGAGCAUUGCCUUGAUGAGUAAUGCUGGCCUUGAGAACUUGGUCAUGAUGGACUGAAACCAGAAACAGUAUCUGCAAUGUUCUCCUCCCAUUGAUUUUACAAUCCAGUUCAGAGUACAUAAUGUAUAUUAGAAUUUGCCUGUAAAAUGAAUUAUGGAAACCAGAUGUAAAGUCUCUUUCCUGAAAGUGUUGACUUAGUAAAUAAAAAAUAAAGUUCAUAAUUAUAAAAAUG